GAAUCAUAAGCAUAUAACAAAACGUCUGGUUAUAGAUCCAGAAGAAACUGCUACGUAGUAUAUAAUUGGGUUCUUUUCAGGAUAGUGACGAGUGGUUUUGUCGAAAAAACGUUUCAGUUGGUUAAUGUGAACUAUUUUGUGAAAUAAAUUGCUUCAAAUAAAAACAAACUCAAAAUGAAAACUAUCCUGUUAUUUUCGGCUUUAUGCCUCAUCGGUCAGAAAGUUAACGCAUGGGGAGGUCUCUUUAACAGAUUUUCACCAGAAGUACUUGCUAAUUUGGGAUACGGAGGACAUGGUGGUGGAGGAUUUUUGCGAAACGAAGGCGAAGAAAACAUUUUAGAUGAAUACAUCAACGAAAACAAUGAAGAGGAUCCCUGUUACCAGAAACGUUGUUCUUCUAACGAAUAUUGUUGCCCAGGACAAAUAUGCGUUGACGUAGACGGAAUUAUCGGUACAUGUAUAAACUUCUUCGGUCGAAGAGUUGGGGAAUUAUGUAGAAGAGACGCGGAUUGUGAAUCGGGAUUGGUUUGUGCGGAAGCGGAAGUUGGAGUAUCGACGCGAGUCUGUAGGCCGCCGGUUCAUCAAGACAAGCAAUAUUCCGAACCAUGUAAUAUGUCCAACGAAUGCGAUAUAUCCAGGGGACUGUGCUGCCAACUACAAAGACGUCACCGACAGGCUCCAAGAAGGGUUUGUUCCUACUUCAAAGAUCCUCUUAUCUGCAUUGGCCCAGUAGCAUCAGAUCAGAUAAAAAAUACUGUACAACACACGGCUGGUGAAAAGAGACUCACCGGCUUAGGUACAUUCAAGAGGCCCUUGCACUAAAUACUUACCGAGUAAUUAUAAUUCCUUCAAGAAAAAAAAAUAACUAUACAUAAUUUACAGUUUAAAUUGAUGAUUUUAUUUGUUUAUGUGACGGACUGACUUGACAUUACGAAACUUACAAAUCUUCUAAUUUGCAAAUUCACAAGUUUCGUAAAUCUACAUGUUUCUCGGUGUAAUUGAAACUUGAUACGAAUUACUGCGACUAAAUAUUGAGUGAAAAGUUCGAGCCCUCCAAAGUACUUCGUAUCAAGUCAUUUUUAUUAGUGUACACAAAUUGUCUAUUAAAAAACGUCAAAUGUCAAACGUCAGGCUUCAAAAAAAAUAUCAAAAAUUCACUUGUAAUGAUUUUAUAAUUGAAAUUUUACAAAAAAAAAUCAAUAUCUCAAAUUACUUCAUUGAAUUAGUCUCUUUAUCUAAAUAACAACGUAGAACCACGAUGGAAAUAUCUACAAUUAUAUUAUUGAUAAAAUUGUAUAGAGUUGAGUUGGGAAGUAACACGACCGUUCCAAAAAAAACCGUGAUUCAGUAACUGUUUUGGUUACAGGUUGAAAUAUAUUUUGAUAUUUGUAGUUCAAAAAAGAUACCGUGACAAAAUCACGAUAAGAACAUAUCGUCACAUCUCCAAAUUUUCUUCCGGGGUAGUAUUUUACGUGAAACAUCCUGUAUUAGGGUGGAAAUGACGUUAAGUUGGAACUAAUUCUUUCAGUUACUUGAUGUUUUGAUUUUAAAAUGAAACUAUGACAAAAUCACGGUAUGAACAUCCCGUCACAUCUCUACACUUUCUUCUGGAGGAGUUAUUGAUGAUAAAACACUCUGUAUUGACAUGAAAAUGGCGUUUUUAUUUGUUUGUUGAUACUAGUUCCUUCGUUAUUUGAAAUUUGUAGUCCAAUAAAGAUACUGUGAUGAAAUCAUGGUAUGGAAUAUCAUCACAUCUUUAAACUAUCGUGCAAAACCGUAGGUAGAGAUGGAAGUGGUAUUUGUAUUCGUUUUUUGGAACAAGUUUUUACGAUUACUUGAUAUUUGUAGUCCAAAAAAGAUAUUGUGACCGAAAUUACGGUAUAGAAUAUCGUCACUUCUCCAAAAUUGCUCCUUGGAGAGUAUUGUUGGUGAAAAACUUUGUGUUGAGAAGGAAAUGACGGUUUUAUCCGAUUUUGGAUAUAUUUGUAGUCCAAAAAAGAGACUGUGACGAAAUUAUGGUGUGAACAUAUCGUCACAUCUAUAAACUUUCUCUUAUAGAAAGUAUUAUUGGUAAAACGUCCUGGAUUUGGAAGAAAAUAAAGUUUUCAUAGGUUUUUUGAAUUGAGUUUCUUCAAUUACUAGAUAUUUGUAGUUCCAAAAAGAUACAGUGAACAAAAUCACGAUAUGAACAUAUCGUCACAUCUCUAAAAUCUCUUUUGGAGUGAAUAUUAUCGGUGCAACAUUGUAGAUAGAAAUGGAAAUGACGGUUUUGGAAAAAGUUAAUACGAUUACAUCAUAUUUGUACUUCCAAAAAGAUACAGUGACAAAAUCACAAUAUGAACAUAUCGUCACAUUUCUGAAGUGAAUACUAUUGGUGCAACAUUGUGAAUAGAAAUGGAAUCGGUAUUUUGAUUCGUUUUUUGGAACUAGUUCCUUCAAUUACUUGAUAUUUGUAGUUCCAAAAAGAUACCAUGACAAAAUCACGAUAUAAACAUAUCGUCACAUCUCUAAACUCUCUUCUGAAGUGAAUACUAUUGGUGCAACAUCGCGGAUAGAGAUGGAAUCGGUAUUUUUAUUCGUUUUUUGGAACUAGUUCCUUCAAUUACUUGAUAUUUGUAGUUCCAAAAAGAUACCAUGACAAAAUCACGAUAUGAACAUAUCGUCACAUCUGUAAACUCUCUUCUGGAGUGAAUAUAAUUGGUGCAACAUCGUAGAUAGAGAUGGAAUCGAUAUCUUUAUUCGUUUUUUUGGAACUAGUUCCUUCAAUUAUUCAAUUACUUGAUAUUUCUAGUUCCAAAAAGAUACAGAGAUAAAAUAACGGUGUGUACACACAGACCCAUCUCUAAAAUUUUUCGUGUAUCUUUUUUUGUACAAAAUCGACAUUUUUAUUAGACAGUUUGUUGUUUAAACAAACAUUUAGAUCGAAAAUAAAUUGUUUUAUGUAAACAUGUCUAUUGAAUGAGGUGUUUUAAUAGUUAGUACAAUGUUCCGAUCGAUGUUUUUUGGCCUAGGCGUUAAUAACAGAUUCAAAGUAGUUUUAUAGAAAAGAAAAAUGGGGAAAACGCACACCCACAAUACAAAUAUCUAAUAUACUUCUUUGUAUAGAACGCACAUAUAUUUUACAGAUAUUUUUAACUUCUAUCUGUGAUGAUUUGACGUGAAUUUAGUAUAAAGACUCGUUUGAAACUUUUUCCAACACAAAAAAUAAUAAAUUUCAUUGUAUUUGCAAGGAAACAAUUUUUAAACCAAAAGAAAACAAUUAACUGAACAAAACAACAACAAUAGAAGCUGAAACUUCUGUUUUUGUCAUUUUUUUUAGUGUACAAUAUUACAGAAGUCCACUUCACAUUAAUUGUAAUUACACAAAUUUCUUGUUCACUCACAUAUUUUGUCAAGUACAUUUUGAAAAUUUUUAUAUUUUACCACUAAUUAUGUCAAAAAUAUUUUUUAGAAUAGUAAACAUUAGUACUACAAAAGCUAUUCAAAACUCUGGUACCCUUUUUUUAGUUUACAAUUUUUAUUUUUCUUAAGUGUUUUUUGGUAUUUUGUGCCUUAUUUUCAAUUUAUAAACAUAAGAAAUCAAAAUGGUAAAACAGGAUUUUACUAUAUAUCAAUAUAUAUAUAUAUAUAUAUAUAUAUAUAUAUAUAUAUAUAUAUAUAUAUAUA